UUGAUGCCCUGCUUCAUGCUGUAUGUCCUGCUGGCAGCUGGAACCAGUCUGGCUGUGGAUGUGAAUUGGUUAACUCGUAUUAUAAAAGCCAUAAGGACAGAGUACAGACUAACAGGUCAAUUCUGUCUGGCUGCAACCAUCCCAGAUCAACAGGACCCAAACACCCUUAUCAGUGAAGUCCUUCAUAACGACCGCUUUAAUGAGCACAUGGAAGACUCAGUUAAAGGGGGUGAGGUAUAUGCUAGCAGCAGGCUGGUUUUAGCUGUUCCCACAGGACCUGUACAUGCAGAACGCGCAGUUCUGGAAAGCUUGGACAAACUAAAGAAACAGGGAAAGAACGACUUCCUCCUCAUCUACUCUUACCUCUCCCCAUGUAGCAAGUGCACAGACAGUAACAAAAAAUUCAACAUCCUUAACAUGAUUAAAAAUCAGGUUGACAGAUGGCAUGAUGGGGCCUUUGUGUUUACAAAAGUUUUCAGCCAUCCAAACGAUGGUUCCAGUGUAACCAGAGAUGUUUUAGAAACGUCACUGACUGAGCUUUCUUAUUCGAUGGGUGGUCUCCACUACAUAUUUCGCUGUGAUGUACAGCAGAAUCCUGAGUUAGUGUGUCACAGCUGCUCUGUAAAUCACAGAGUUUCAGAGUUUUGUAUUGAUAACAACGCUGAGAGAGAGCGCAGCAUCAGCAGGGAAAGAAGCAGGAGCUUCAGUGGAAGCAGUGGAGGGGGCAGUAGCAGGAAGAGAGAGAUAUACAGGAGUAGAGAAGCUGGAAAACAUGCAGGUGGAGGCAGGAGCAGCAGGAAGAGAAGCAAGUACAGAAGCAGCAGCAGCAGCAGGAGCGUCAGCAGGAACAGAGGUGGAGGGCGUAGGAGCAGCAGCUAGAGGUUAGAGAAGUUCAAACAAACCAACAUCGUCCCUGAAGACAAACUUUCUUUAUGUCCUUAAAAUUUCUUUUCAAACAUGAUUUAAAUUCUGUUCAAACUAAAAUGAUAAAUAAAUGU